UGGCAACGGUCCGGUUUGUGGUCAAAAUGUCAGGUCUGCUGCCUUGUGAAAUUUAUGCGAUAUAACUUCAUAGCCUGUCAUCUAACUAUAACGUUAGGAAGCUUGGAUUUUUCAAAGAAUUUGAAGUAGCAUGGACAAAUUCAGCAAACUUGUUAUUGGCACAACGAUUGACAUCAGACGAAGUGAUGGUCGAGUGCAUUCCUCCAUGCUGAGUGGAAUAAACCUUGAUUCAAAAAGUGCUACUGUGGAAUGGUAUGAAAAUGGAGAAACCAAGGGCAAAGAGAUUGAAAUACGUGAAAUAUUUGCACUUAAUCCUUGGCUGCUUCAAGGAAAACCAAAGACAUCUUUAAACAAAAGAACAUCUUCUCCAGGAAUGCCUGCUGAUGACAAGGAAACACCCAAACUUUCAAAAAAAGGAUUUAAAGCGUCGGAUAAGUCAAACAACAAAAAAAAAGAUGAAAAUUCUCCAUUGCCAGAGAGCAAUCACAUAUCUAGACCUGAAAGUCAGCCUCCAACUUCCGUAUCAAACUCAUCGUCAGUUACUCGUAGAAAGUCGAACUGUGUUAAAGAAGUUGAAAGAUUGAAAAAAAAUAGAGAAGAAAGAAGAGCCCAACAACAGGAACAGCGGGUGUUGCGUGAAAAGAUUCAACAGGAAAUAGAUCCUGGAAAUCCAUACUGGGAGUUAAUUAAAAUGAUAAGAGAAUAUCAAAAUAGCAUAAACAUGCAGAGGGUGACGAUGAAUGAUCCUGUUUGUGAUCAUCAGAUUUGUGUUUGUGUUCGAAAAAGGCCUCUUAGCAAAAAAGAGCUGGGCAAGAAGGAAGUUGACGUUAUAACUAUACCUGAUAAAGAAAAUACAGUGGUUCAUGAGCCAAAAACUAAAGUGGACCUGACGAAAUAUCUUGAUAACCACAAAUUUAGGUUUGAUUAUUCCUUUGACGAAACAGCUACAAAUGAACUUGUCUACCGGUACACGGCGAGACCUCUCAUAGAAACGAUAUUCAACCAAGGCAUGGCGACUUGUUUUGCUUAUGGUCAAACUGGCAGCGGCAAAACAUACACUAUGGGUGGAAAUAUGAUAAACAAGAACCAGGAAAUUACUAAAGGCAUUUAUGCUUUAGCAGCUCAUGAUGUUUUCAAGUACUUAAAGAAUUCAAAGCAUAAAAAUAAGGAUCUCGUAAUAUCAUGCAGUUAUUUUGAAAUAUAUGGGGCUAAGGUGUUUGACCUUCUGAACAAGAAACGAAAAUUGAGAGUUCUAGAAGAUGGCAACCAACAAGUUCAGAUUUGUGAACUUCAAGAAAGUGUCGUUAAUGCAGUCGAGGAAGUUUUAAAAGUGAUUGAAAUUGGAAAUCGACUGAGAACAUCUGGUCAAACGUCAGCAAAUCAGAACUCUUCAAGAUCACAUGCAGUAUUUCAAAUAAUACUACGUCGAAGAGGUGUUAUGAAAAGUGGAGCAGGUGGUCAGCUGUAUGGUAAAUUUUCCUUAAUUGACCUCGCAGGAAACGAGAGAGGAGCAGAUACGUCCAAUGCAGACCGACAAACAAGACUGGAAGGCGCCGAAAUCAAUAAAAGUUUACUUGCUUUAAAGGAAUGUAUUCGUGCACUUGGAAGACAUGGGGCUCAUUUGCCUUUUCGAGCAAGCAAAUUAACGCAGGUUCUUAAAGAUUCGUUUAUUGGUGACAACUCCAAAACAUGCAUGAUUGCAACCAUAUCUCCCGGGAUGAGUUGUUGCGAACACUCGCUUAACACGUUACGUUACGCUGAUAGAGUGAAGGAAUUGGGUCCUGAUAAUGGCAAAGAGAAUGGUAGGGAAUAUAUUGCUUUCGACGAUGUCCCGGAUGUUGUCUCGCCGACCCUGUCAAGAGGUGAUCCUGCUUCGAAUAAUGCCGACCUUGCAUUGUUGUGUACACAUAGUGGUUCUGGUGAAAUGGAUCACAAUGAAUUGUACACUUUUCACGAAGCCGUUAAUCAACUCCAGGAUGCCGAAGAACAACUUGUUGAAUGUCAUAAGAACAGCGUUAAGGAAACUAAAGCACUUUUACAACAAGAGGAAUCACUGUUGGAUAAAGUUGAUGAUGUGGAUUCUGAUUUAGAACAAUACGUACAACGACUUGAUGGUAUAUUGAAACAGAAAAUCGAGAACUUCACUAGCCUUCGGGAGCGUGUCCAACAGUUCAAAAGCCGACUCGAGCAAGAAGAAAAAGCCAGUAAAAAUAUACAGAGGUUACCAUUUGUGUAAGAUUUUGAGCAUCGUAAUUUGUUAAGCAUAAAGACAGAAAUAUCUACAAAUAUUUAAUUAUUUACGUAUAUUACGAAUAAUAUAUUUAGCUACAGCAUGUAAAGAGAGAUGUAAAAAUAACACAGAUUUCUUUACCAAAAUUGUCAAUAUUGUUCAUACUAUUAAAUUAUGUUAUUUAAACCUA